UUAACGUACAUGUAUACCUAUAUAUUUUAGUAAAUGCAUGUGUGGUAUUUAUUUUGAUUCUGUCAUCUUUGGAUAAACUAUUGUAGAUUCGCUGAGGUUUUCUAGUGGGUGAAAUUUGAAAUGUGUGGAUAAAGUCUAGUAAAUUACUAUAAACAUUGCAGUACACGCCAAACACAGCUAGAACUAACGCAAAGAUGGUAAGAAGUAUUAGUGGUAACGACUACUUGUCUAGAGACUACAGCCAACACGACGAUACUAUAUCAUUAGAUUCUGAUAACAGAUUUUGUGAAUGGAGUUUCUGGGCCAAAUAUUUCCUGUUUGGUUUUAAUUUCCUAGUAUGGGUGGCAGGAUGUGUUUUAAUGGGUGUAGGAAUCUGGGCCCGUUUACAGAAACAGGGAUUAGAUCCUCUAGAUCAUCUAGUCACAGAUCCCGCUUACAUCAUGAUAGGAGUCGGAGCUGCAAUGUUCAUCGUUAGUUUCUUUGGGUGCAUCGGUGCACUGAGAGAAAACUUAACGUUCUUAAAAAUAUUUUGUAUUAUUGUGGUGAUUAUAUUUAUAAUACAGUUAGUAGCUGGAAUACUAGCCUUUGUUUUUGUUGACGGAAUCGAAGUCCAAGUUUUAGACUAUAUGAAACAUUCUAUUGGACAUUACGAUGAGAAUGCUGAUAUUAAAGAUAUGAUUGAUCAAAUACAAAAACAGUACAAAUGUUGUGGUGCUGCUAGUUAUAACGACUGGGAAAUUAAUAUCUAUUUCAACUGUUCAUCCACGGCCGUGUCAAGAUGCGGGGCGCCCAGUUCAUGCUGUAAAGUAUCCGGUAAUGUACAAUGUGGAUACAACGUCAGAGGUUAUGGGGAUGCAUAUGCCAAUAGCUAUAUAAGUAUAAACGGUUGUAUCAACGCUUUGAUGACAGUGUUUAAAGAAAAUCUUAUUGUAAUUGGUUUGGUGGCAUUUUCCGUUGGUUUUAUAGAGUUGCUCUCUUUGCUGUUGGCGCAUAACCUAAUCCGUUCUAUUAUGAUAAAUGGUAAGCUGUAAGCCUGUUUGUUACCUGGUAAAAUAGGACAAGUAUUAAAGAAAAGAUUUGUUAUAUUAUGUUAUUCAAAUUUAUGGAGAUCGAUAACAAUAUGUUUGGGUUUUUUUACAAAUACUUUUUUUUAAGAUGUUCACAAUGUAGUAUUGGAUAAAUUCGUUGUGGUCUGAACUUUAUAACAGGAAGAACUGUGCGAUUUAAUAAUAUGCUGUAAAACCGGUCUCACACACUGAGAUUAUUUCGCUGUGAUAUGCUGCGAUUACCCACUAAAGCCUGCGAAAGGACAAAACAUGUCCACGCUGUAAUAUUGAAUAAUUAUAUUGUGGUCUUUGUAAUAAAUAAGCGGGGUUGGAUGGCCGAAUGGUUGGCGCGUGCGCGUUGUAUCAUAAGGUCUUGUCACUGAGUCAGCUGGCAUGGUUUCAAUUCUCCGGUUGUCCGCGACCAGGAGUAGGAUCGCCUGUCCAACCUCGUAGGUUUUCUCCGGGUCCUCCGGUUUUCACCCCUCUGCUAAACACACCUCUACGCGCAAGCGAAUUAUUGAAAUAAAAUUGAACCAUAUGUUAGUCCCGAAAUGAGCUAAACCCCAUUUCUCUCUCUGUGUAAUAAAUAUAAUUAAGAAAUGUGAUAUUGUAAACAACCGUAGACCUUUGAAGAGGUUCGAAAUGUUCAAUCGUAUUAUAUAGCUGAUCUUAGACUAUCAUAGCUGAUCGGGAGUAGUUGUUAUCUACAAAGUGAAAAGUUACUUCGUAUCAUAGACAAUCGUAGUGCAUCGUGGUUAAUCGAAGCGAGAGAAGGCAAACCUGGACUACAGUAGUAGCAUUUGGAUUGGGGGUUGUUUCUCUCUACUAGUGGUCGUAGAAACUAAUGUACUUGAAGGGCUGAUAGCCGCCCAAAUGGUGGAUAUUGUAGCAGCUAUUAGUGUUUACGUCUAUGAUUGUCUGUGAUUUGCCAUGUCACCAUCGCUGUGAUAUGUCACCAUUAGCAGUGAUAUGCUAUGUCACCAUUAGCUGUGACAUGUGACUGUAGUCGCAAUGUCGAAUCAUGGCGAGAAUACCAGUGUGGGUGAUUGGCUUUAAUAAUGCAUUUAUUGAACGCUGUUAAUUCAACGCCGAUGUGUUUUAUUAGUGGCCCGUCUUCAUCCGCCCAGUUGGAGCAGAACAGUAGGAUGAUGAACCCCAUUUGAUUUCAUUUUUAUUAGUGGUGCUAAUGCAUUUUGUACAAGAUGUCUACACAUUAAGCAACGGUAUCAACCAGAUACAUGAUCAAAUCCCAGUGGAUAUUUUAUUUUUAAUAAGUAGGUCUCAGAUCACACAUAAAGCAACCAUUUGCAGAUCGUAUGUUUGGGUUAUUUAUUAAUCACUAGUAUACUGAAGAUUGAUUUUCAGAUUUAUGUAGGGAGCGGCAGUUGAUGGGUGGGCGGUAGUUAAUAUCUGUUUACUGUUUUUACGUCGGCAUGGACGGUAUUCGUGCCACAGAGCCCCCAAACCGAUCCCCUACUCCGGAUAUGCAGGGGUAAAGUUAGAAACCCCUUUAUGACAUAGCCUGUGCACAUAUGUUGGGGGGGGGGAGGCAAACUGUGUCUUGCUGAUAUAUAUUUAAUUUAAUCGUGGUUUGUAUUGGAGGACAAAUAACUGAAAUGGGGUUUAACCUUCUAAUCUUCCGCAACAACUGGGUUAAUGAAGUCAGGGAGUGUUUAUUGAAGAACAACGGAUGGCGCGGUUGUUGCACAAAAAUAAAUCCCUGGAUUUACAAAUGAAACGUGGCAUUAAAUUACCGGAUUUUAAAGAUGCAAUAUUCAAGAGCUAAAUUUGCCUAUUGCAGAUCUUUCUUAAGGCCUUAAAUGUUAUAUAAAUUAUCAAUUAGAUAUUUAUUAACAUGACCAAUUAGAUAUUUAUUAACAUGACAAGAUCAUAACCAACCCUCGGUGCCAUCGGAUACUCGAGCUUUUAACUAGAUUAGAACAGUUCGGCCAUUUAAUGAUUUGGGGAAGUCAGGCUAAACCUUGAUUAUACCAGUACCGUGGGUACGAUAAUACAUAAUUAUUACUACAAACAGUGAUGACUUGGAUAUUUUAAUGAAAUUUUUGAACUAAUAACGGACAGCUCUUUAUCUAAAUGUUACAUAAUGUAUCUUUAAGUUCGUUUUAAAAUAUGAGCAAAUAUUAAUCUGUCGAUCAAGUGUCUAGAAUGAAAAAUGAGCCUCCGGUUUCCAAUGGCUUUAAGAUAAUUAUCUUGCCAAGAUUCAUCUUAAAUGACGUAAUUAUCCUAUACGAACAUGUAUCCCAAUGUAUCAUGUGUGACACAUGCAAAUAUGCUGUCAGCUAUUAUCAUUUCAUUUUCAUUAUUUUUUUGUAUAAAAGUAUUAUCCUGUACAUUAUAAUUAAACUUAUUAAACUAA